UCACAAUUGAGCAAAGAGUAAGGAGGUUACAUUACUCUUUGCAAUUGAGUGAGUAAAAUUGGAAAUGUGAAAUUGCUAUCUUUAUAUUGAGCUUAUUGUACAAUUGAUGGUUAAACACAUGAAUAGACGGUUCAAUAUACAUUCAAUUCAGUGUUUUGGGCAAGUUUUCAUUGAUUAAGCAAAUUAGAAACAACGAUUCAAUUACAAAAUCCCUUUCAUUGAUUAUUUCAAUAUUUGUUAUUGGUUUGAAGCUUUUACAAUGAAUUAUACGAUUGGACUUCUCUUAACAUUGAUCAUUGUGUCAAAAUGCUCAUCAUUGCGAGAAUUGGACUUUGCACAAAGUUUAUACUUUCUUUUCGCGUAUGAGGAUUCACGUAUACCAGACCCGCUAUUCACUGCUUUUGUUAACAGACGAGUUGACCAACUAAAUGUUAUAUGCGCAAAUGAAACGCUUUCUAAUGCAACAAAAGUCUUUUGUCUGUCCACAAAUAAUUCAUUAUCGUUACUCUUGGAUUGGCUCAGUUCUGAUAAUGUCUACAGUCAAAAAAAUAAUACCUUUAAGUACCUUGGAACCAGAGAUCUGCAUAAAUUUUACGAACAAACUGUGAAGAUUUUGAAUAAGGUUUAUAAAUUUAAUAGCAUUCCUGUUAAUGUUGCUGUUGAUUAUUUCAAUACAAGUUCAUUGGAAUCAGUUAAUAUUUAUCAUUUUCCGCUUCUUUUGACAGCUUAUAUUAAUGACAUUAAAUUGAUUCGUGAGUAUGAAGAAACAAUUGGAAAGUCAAAACGAGUUAACGUGAAGAUUGUCGAAAUGUUAAACUCGUUAUCCAUAGAAGCAAAAAAUCUCACUAAUGAUGUUGAUUGGGAGGACAAUAAAGAACGAGAAAUUACUCGAAUAGCAAUGGACCAAUGUUUACAGCGAUUUAAAGUUUUGAUGAAGAUUUUUAGAAAAAAUUUCUUGCAAUAUUCAUAAGUUUGAAAAUUUAUUGUUAGCUGAAAUUGAAUACAUUAAAUAGAUCAAAGUCAGUUAAUUUAUCUUAAAUAUUUGCAUGUCUAUGUCUAUGCUACUUUAUGAAUAUUUUGAAUCAAUGUGUUUUUGUCAUAAGUUGUCAGAAACAAAAUUAACUCUUUCUCAUUUCUCACUAUUUACCUUUAAAAGAUACAAGAUGUAUAUUGAAAUAAUACGAGAAAACACACGGACUUAUUUUGUGAAACAUCUGUUAGACUGUAAUUAUAUUCAAUCAAGAUGAAAUGAUUAAACAUUACAGAAU